AUGGCUGGCGAAAAGCUUCGAAAACUCGUCAUCGUAGGCGCGAGCUCUAAAAUUGCCGCCCCCACGGUCACCCACCUCCUUGACACCAAUCCCGACCUCCAGAUCACGAUCCUCAGUCGUGCAGUCUCCCGUGCAACCUUUCCAUCAUCACCCAGAAUCACUGUCAAAAAGGGCGACUACGACGAUGAAGAAUUCCUGAUUGAGGCGUUUCGGGGCCAAGAGGCCGUGAUGAUUGUGAUUAGUAUCUUUGCAAUGGAUGCACAGUACAAGUUGAUCGACGCUGCGGCGAAGGCUGGGGUGAAGUGGAUCCUUCCCAAUGAAUAUGGGGCCGACAAUGACAACCCAACAUUCAUUAAACUACACAGGGAGUUGACGACGCCGAAAGAUGACGUUCUACGAUAUAUCGAGAAGUUGUCAGAGACGUAUACUGGUGUCUCGUAUAUUGCAGUGGCGACGGGGCCAUGGCUGGAUACGAGCAUUAACGCCGUCCUCUUUGGCAUUUCCAUACGCAGCCGUACCUACACUCACUAUCCCGAUGCCGGCUAUUUCUCUACCACAACCAAGGAACAAGUGGGUCGAGGACUGGCGGCCCUGCUAUCUCUCCCCGUGCAUCCAACCCCUGAAAGCGCUGGCCUCGACUCCUACGCCAACAAGUUCGUCUACAUCGCUUCUCAUCGUCUUAACCAAGAUGAUCUCUUUGCUGCUAUCAAGCGGUUUUCGCGCACGAACGAUGCUGAUUGGACGAUCAAGACUUCUACGGUUGCAUAG